AUGACACAGAUUAUUGUUAUGUCAUUCGUAAAUAUGGUAUCAGCUAUUGUGAAUGCCGUAAUGUUUUAUGUAACUCUUCGGAGCUCGAAAAAUGAAAGCACGACUUACAGAAUUGUGUCUUUUGCGCAUAAUUUCUCUUUGUUUUUGGCUCAGUUGUAUUGGGGCCUAAUAAUGAAUCCUAUCCCUUUACUUCCGCUUCCUGGGAUUCAAUCAAUUGGUAUUCUUCGUGGAAUCAUUUCUACAUUUAUGAUUUUGAUGACCUGGAUAUUUUUGUUUUCUGUGUCGAUUAUCAUGAUGUACUUCCGCGACUCUACAUACUCAAUAAUCUUUUUCAUUAUUUUUGCCUUUGUAUUUUUCCCACUUUUAUCUCGAACUCUUCCAUUUUAUGUAUCAGAAGAAGCUAUGCGGAAUCAUUUGAAAACAUACUAUCCUAACUGUUUAUCACUAUCUGACCACGACGGAUUCUUUGUUUUCGUGAACACGUGUCAGACUACAAAAGGUGUUUUUGUAGUUUUAGUAUCUUUGUUAAGUGGAGCAGUUUUAUAUUUGAUUGUCUAUGCAAUUAUAAUUCACGAAAUUAAAAUGCAGAGCUAUGCUUGGAAUGUGAACAAAACUAAAAAUCAUAUAAAGAAUUGUGUUAGAUUUUCCUUCCUAGCAAUCGCUCCUGCUAUUGUACUCAGAAACACUUUUUUACCACCGGAAAAAAACACAAUAACCAUAACAUUGUUUGGAAACGCAAUGUUCACAGCAGCACCAAUUCCAUGUGCCAUAGUUAUUCUGGCACAGAAUUCCACAUAUAUGAAUUUUCUGAAAUCGAAAAUGUUUUUCUAUAAUCGACGGAUUCCUGCAACUGCUAACAUAAGCAGUGCUUUUCGAAGUACCACUGUGUUAUGA